CCACAAGGUGGAAGAGAAGGACAACCAAGCCAUUGGCACGUGGAAUGCAGGCUCAGGCGUGGACGGUGCCUGCGGGACCUUGCUUUGCUCCAUCUGGCGAUGCCAAGGGCGCAGCAUACUGUGCGAGCAGCCUGCAUCUCGCCAGGAUGCCCUUCUCCUCCUCUCGCUCAGGCAGCAUCGCUCAUGCAUGGUGUCCAGGUCGCAUCUCGUAUCGGCGAAGGCCAGCGGUGGUCGUACGCCAGCGAGACCACCAUGAGCAUCCCGGAAAGACCAAUAGGCUACGCCAUACCGCCAACAACUUGCCGUCAAUCCCACCCUCGGAGGGUCCCAGCCGAUCUCCUAUCCACGCGGAAUCACCUGCUAGCGUCUUCCAUCGCGCCAGGGAAAAAAAUCAGCCGCAACUACGGCGCAAAUAAUUCCCAGCACAGUCAACAACUUAUCACUUAUCAAGCGCCCUAUACAGUCGAGGCAUCCCUGCCAACGAGUGCUAUCGCGCGCCAACCCCUGCCAACAACAAGGCAUUAUCGUUGGAGCCAGAUGCAGGCAAUAUGUGCCUAUUUAUAUAUUUCUACGCAUACGGAGUACUCGUACAUAUAUCCUGAAACUGUAUAGCUACAGUACUGCUUCAUGCCGGAAUUACGCCUCGGUUCUACAUGAAUGGCUGCUAUAGGUUGACUCGUCUGAUUCCGGUCGGUACCACAUUCGGCUCAAUAUUGCCCGCUUUGGGACAGACCAGUGAAGUUUCGGAUGCAAAAAGACGCCACCAGCCCAGCGGCCUCAUUGGUGAUAACAGUCAACAUUUGUUGAUACCCGCUCCUCUGGCCCCCUUGUGCCUACCGUGCCGGAGUCAACGACUAACACUGCCGCCACCGCAUGGCCUGCUCAUGAGCAGCAGCAGUCUGCUUUGCCAUAAAUGUGAAGUGGCUUUUUUGAAAAGGUCACAAAGGGAUGGCUGUGGCGUAUCUACCGAGAUGACACGGAGUCAAACUGAGCAACCGUCUACACUCAGCCGAAUAAACUAAC